AUGCUAUCAAGUCUGUCCUUACCCAGAACGAUCAUCAGAUUUAGAAUACCACGUCAAGCCCGAUAUAAAGACUUCAAUAUCAAGUCUCUGAUUUUACUUUGCAUACUUGGUAUCUUGUGGACAUGUAAAUCGACAUCAUUUCUCGACCAUGUGGGUUCUGCACCGACUCUGAAACCUAUCACGGAAUAUGAAAUCAAGGAGAAUUCUCUUGUCGCUCGCCAUUUUAUCAAAGUACCUGUUUCUGAAGAUGAAUUUGGUGAGAUGGGGAGAAGAACCCAAAUUCUCACAAAAUGGUUAAUGCAAAUCGGUGUGGAUGGUAAUCCAACCACUACCAAGACAUUUUUGGAGUACGAAGCACUAGUAGAGAAGACCAUCAUCUCUCUUUUCCCUUUCAUACAGAGAGGAACCGAACUGCCAAACCAGAAUCCCACCUCCUUCGCCAACCUCAGAAAAUCAUUUGUGCCCGGCUCCCGCGGGAUCGUUAUACCUACAGGCUUUUUGGAUGAUACAACACUUCAAUUAUCAGAUGGAUUGAGUAGAUGGGCUAUCAAACCGUUUGCACUCUUAGCAUCAGCCUUCGAACAGGUGAUUUUAGUCGACUCUGAUGCUAUUUUUCUCCAGCCACCAGAGAUCAUUUUGGAUACGCAUGCUGCAUAUGCGGAAACAGGGACUUUAUUCUUCCAUGAUAGACUGAUUGGGAAAAAUUUAUAUAGAUAUCGUCAUGAAUUCUGGCGUUGGCAAAUGAAAGAUCACACUCCUAGCCGCAAAUUUCGCAAAUCUCGAGUGAUGAAUGAGAAUUUUGGACAAGAACAGGAUUCUGGGGUAGUGGUAUUGGAUAAGAGCAGAUUGGGAGUUCUUAUGGGAUUAUUGCAUGCGUGUUGGCAGAAUACAUACGUAGUGAGAGAAAUAAUUACGUAUCGCAAUACGCAUGGGGAUAAGGAAACUUAUUGGUUGGGUAUGGAGUUGAGUGGGGUGGAAUAUAGUUUUGCUGAGAAGUAUGGGGGGAUUGUUGGGAGGCAUGUGUGGAAUGUGACGGAUGGGAUAAGAAGGGAGGAUGUUUGUGGGAGUGCUAUUGCGCAUGUGGACGAGAAGGGGGAGUUGCUGUGGUUUAAUGGGGGGUUGGUGAGGAAGAAGAGUGAUAAUGAGGGGAAGAGAACUUUUAUGGAUGUGGAGGGGGAUAUGAGGUGGGCGUUGGAUGGUAAUUGGAGGUGGAAUCAAGGGGAGAAUGAAUGGGAUGCGGCGUGUAUGGAGGGUGGUGCGAUUAGGAAUUUGAGUUCAGGAGUCAAGGAUAUUAUCGCAGGAAGUGUAGAGGUAGCCAAGGGAGUAGAUGGUAGAUUUGCGGAGUUGAUGGGGUUGCUGGAACCGGAAGUGAUGCACAAAGAGGGAAAACACGAGACUUCCGUUGGAGCAGUCGGAGUUGGAUUUGAAAAAGCAGAUGACUGGAGACUUUAA